UAUUGAAACGUUCAUGAUCCCCUGGAUUAACGCAUUAAAUUUAAUGAUUAGUGAUUAAGUGAUCCUACUGCCUGCAGAGAGAAUGUAAACAGCUCCAUAUUGAUAUCCUUUGUAGUUCAUUUGGGGGCGUUUCCACGUCUUGCUUGGGCCAAUAGCGUGUCAGGAAUUCUGUAACAAAAGGUAAUCCCCCCCACAUGGCCACUGUUGUGGAUUGUAUAAAUGUCUAAAACGACUGUGAAAUGAAGUAUCAGAAACGUGCACCGUUCUUGGAGUGUGGAGCUACAGGAGCAGGCAGAAAAUGGUUUAUUCGUUUCUCUGGACUUUAGUUUUUGUUAUUUAUCACAAAACGCUCUUGGGACACGGAUGGGCUGUCAAUAAUUUCCUCAUGACUGGACCAAAGGCGUAUCUAACCUACGCUAGUAGCGUACUGGCCGGAGCGCAGAGCGGCAUGCAGGAGUGUAAGCACCAGUUUGCGUGGGACAGGUGGAACUGUCCGGAGAGCACCGUUCACGUAGCCCCUCCUAAACGCCAGAAAAGCGCCACGAGAGAGACGUCGUUUGUCCACGCCAUCAGCGCAGCGGGGGUUAUGUACACCCUGACCAGAAACUGUAGCCUUGGGGAUCUGGACAACUGUGGAUGCGACAACUCGAGAAACGGAAAGCUCGGUGGUCGUGGGUGGCUUUGGGGAGGUUGCAGCGACAACGUGGACUUCGGAGAGAGGAUUUCCAAACAGUAUGUUGAUGCCGUCGAGACUGGUCAAGAUGCGCGAGCUGCAGUGAACCUUCAUAACAAUGCUGCAGGCCGUUUGGCCGUGAAGGCAACCAUGAAAAGAAUCUGCAGAUGCCACGGCAUGUCCGAAAGCUGCGCCCUCCAGACCUGCUGGAUGCAGCUGUCCGAUUUCCGCGAGGUGGGCAACUACCUGAAGGUGAAGCACGACCAGGCGCACAAGCUUGAGAUGGACAAGAGGCGCGUGCGUGCCGGUAACAGCGCGGACCCUCGCGGGGCCGUGGCGGACGCGCUGGGCGCUAUCUCGCGCUCCGAACUCAUCUACCUGGAGGACUCCCCCGACUACUGCUACAAGAACUCGAGCCUGGGUCUGCACGGAACCGAGGGCAGGGAGUGCCUGCAACACGGGGACGGUCUGUCGCAGUGGGAGAGGCGCAGUUGCCGCCGUUUGUGCCACGAAUGCGGCUUGCGUGUGGAGGAGAGGCGCACGGAGACGGUCAGCAGCUGCAACUGCAAGUUCCACUGGUGCUGCACGGUGAAGUGCGAGCGCUGCACGCAGGUAACGGUCAAGUACGUGUGCGCGCGAAAGCAGGGCGGCCACGGUCAGAACCGGCGCAGGUCGAAAGGACCCAAGUGAUUCGUAUGGAACGACCUAUAGGGACAUUGAUAUAAAUAACUCUGGCGUCAAACCUGACAGACUUUCCUGCACUUUGCUGUAAUAUUUGGAGCUUGUACAUAUCAUGGAGUGUUUAUUUAAAUAGUCUAAUAAAUUAAUUCAAUGAAACA